GCUUGGUACAGUUCCCUAGUUCAGUUCAUCCCAAACAAUGCUGGCCAUGGCCGUAGAACCCAGGGUCAACGUCGCCCUCAUGCAGCGUCUGUCGCUCCCCUGCUCGGACGUCGUCUUGAAGCCAUCCCAAGCUCCGUUCUUCGCCCCGAGAAAGACCGGCCCGUGUGCUGGACUGCUCCAACUGAGUCGUCCCGGCUCGAGAGGAAUCGGAGUCCCGGCGGCAUCCGCGGCCGCCGAAGCGGUCGUCGCGGAAGAGACGUCGGCAGCGGGCUCUUCCCCUGGAGUUGCGCAGGGCAAAGAGAAGCUUGGAGUGGUUGUAAAGCCAAUGGAUAAACCCAGACUUGUCUUGAAGUUUAUUUGGAUGGAGAAGAAUAUUGGGAUUGCACUAGAUCAAAUGAUACCUGGCCAUGGCACAAUUCCAUUGAGUUCCUACUACUUUUGGCCAAGGAAAGAUGCGUGGGAGGAGCUUAAGGUCUUACUCGAAAGCAAACCAUGGAUUUCACAGAAGCAGAUGAUUAUUCUUCUCAAUCAGGCUACUGAUAUCAUUAAUUUGUGGCAACAGAGCGGAGGCGAUUUAUCAUAAGCUGUAGCAGUAGCAUUCUGAAGUUUGUACUUCCGUGGUCUAUUUCAUUUUAGUUGUUGAUAUAUCCAAAAUAGCCAAGUUAGUUUUAAUCCGGAAUAAUUUCUUUGAACACUUGUAUUUUUGCUUCAGUUAAUGUGCAUUCUCUGUUGUAUCAGCCUAUGAGGUUCUGUUUAAUCACAUAGCUUAUCUCAGGUAAAGUUGAGGAUGUAGUGUAAUGUAUUGGGCUCAAUAUUAUGCAACAAUUCCUGCCAUAAUAUAUUUUCUACUGAACA